AUGGCCUCAGUCCACUCGCGAUCGAUCGGUUCCGUUCAAAAGUUAUUCGCAGAGACCCCCACCAAAACACGAGACCAUCACCUGUCGCGCGCGCAUGGUGGCUCUAAGCGUCCCACNCGAUAUCGGGAAGGAACUGCAUUGCCAGUUUUUCGCAAACAGUCCCCGUCUCAGGCGGUUUGUCUCUAUUUGACCAAUCGUGAUAUUUGGAGUAAUUUAGCUGAAGUAUACGAACGUAAACAACAAACCGGAUCUGAGGUUACGGAGCUCCCCGAAUGUGGAGGCCCACCGUUUCCCGAUGCCACAGACGACUUUGAACCUUCCCAUCACGGUAUUAUUGAAGGAUUAGUUCAUAUUAAUCCAUGGUUGGUGGAAAUCGGGUCUUACUUGUAUGUCGAAGUUUCUGCACGCUACCGAUACGCUCGGUCUGAGCUUGACUCGUUUGAUUGUGAGGUGAACGAGGUCGUAUUUAGACGUCGUCGACAACUUAAUCCACCAAGAAGUUAUCAGAAAGAAGGUGCUAAGGUAUUUAGACACCCGCCGAGCGAUCUUAAAUCUUAUUCUCUUCGAACAAGACGUCUUUACAACAAGCUCGGUGGUCCUGUUAGCGGACAAGCAAUGAUCGAUGAGAAUCUCACCGCCUCUGGAGUGUUGCUUGGCACGGCUGGAAAUACGCGCCGCAAUAGGACGUUUGUUCCACAAACCAAAGCGGUUGAAUCAUCCGGUCAUCCGGAUCAUCCAUUUGUGAACUAUAACUUUGUGUUCCGUUUCGACAUCAACGGUACUCCUGAUUCUGUCUAUUUGAGAUUCUGCCCUCGACCGGGGCCAGAUGGUGGACCACCUCCACCCAAUCGGAUGCAAUUGUUUUAUCAGGCCGUGUUCGGAUUUGGCCAUCAUGAGUCGGAUUCCGAUCCGGAUCCGCCGAGCGAUUUUACAGAUUCUGAUGCGGAAAACGAACCAAAAAUUCGUCACCUGGGUGAUCCGAUUCCAAAGAAAAAAACCCAAGCAAGCAAAGCUAAAAAGGCCCACCAAUGGAAUAAGGAUCUGUUUCAUAAAGAUGCCUAUCCAUGGCAUCCUCGACCUAAGCGGGCUCCGCGCGAUGGAAUCUCUUGGACCGUACGAGCCUAUGUGGUUCCGAAUCCGUCAAUUCAGCCCAAAAGUGAACAUAUCGCAUGUAUGACUAUACGUAAACUGUCCUACCUGCCGCGAUUGGUAGCAAUCGAACACAUGAAUCCACCGAAAUCAUUUACGGAUUAUUGCCUGGCCGUGGGUCCUCGAACCGGUUUUGAUGCUGGAGUAAUUACCCUUCUGGCUAAACUGGAUCGUAUCGUGUACGCUCCGGGUGAACCCAUACAAUGUGAUAUUAAAUAUCACAAUUCAUCUGCUCGAGUUAUUCACCGCAUAAUCGUGGAAGUGCAUCAAUGUUUGCGCAUUAAAGCGUGUGCAAAUCGUGUAUGGCGUUCACUGAUAUGUCGUCGUUGUCUGACAGAUAAUAGUCUGAUUUCUGGUAUGCCCGUAUUGCCGGGCACAGAAAACAGCACGGUCCGUGUGACCUUGAACCCAUGGCCUACAGACGAAAGCAUUCGUAAAUUGUUGAGUACGGCACAAGGUCCCAUUCGCCCUAGUGGUUUGGCCAAUAUGCACGAGGCAUGGGCUAUACGGCUACCAAAGGUACCGGGGCAGGAGUUCGCUUUACAAAACCCUCCUCGACACGAACCGGUACCGGUAAACCAAGUCCAGCGUCGAUCCGUGGCCUGCUCUUCGUUUAGUGGUGUGCUUGAUCACCUCUUGUCACUUGGAAAUCAGCUUACUGUAAUGCGUCCGUUGAAUGAACCAGAAAAUAUGUGGGAAAAUGUGUGGUCAGGUGAUCCACAUAGGAACUGUCGGUGUGUGCAUCGAAAGCGCCGUCCCGGUGAACCAGAACGAAGCGAUUGGAUGCCACCAGAAGAACCCUACCACACAUCCAUCGACUGCUUGGAUGUUCACCCCCAAGAUGACGAUGUAAACGAACAGCAUGCUAAACAGAAUUUGCUGGCACCGUUCUGUCAGAAGUGUUUGGGUAAAACUGUUCUCUCUCAGUAUCCCAUUCACGUUUCCUAUGAAGUUGUUGUUCAAGCGGAACUACUUCCACAGAAUCAGCCAAAUCCAAUUGGCAGUGAUUCGGUCAUAAAAAAACUCGGAUUUGGUUCUGGCCUACUGAUCGAUCCUGAAGGAACCAUUAUCGGUCCGGAUGGUCCACGAAUAACUUUACCCUGUCUUUUUGCCUACAAACAGCCAUCUCCAGAGGAGCGUGUUCCGUUAGCAAACUAUCACAUUGAUCAGCGUCAGGAUUGUCGGGAUCAUGUAGUGGUCGAACCGAAAAUUCAUGAACCCAGUUUGGGAAAAGGAUUUUUCACUUCGACAACUUAUCCGAUCGCCCCAUGCACACUAUCGAAUCAAGCAAAUUCAGGAUAA